AUGAUUAUGAAAAUAGGGCAUCUAGCCGAUUCAGCUGACGUGAGGGCUACCAGACUUGAAAGGGAUGUACAGUUUAUGAUUGAGGCUGGGAUUUUAGCUUCAUUGACCCCCCUUCAGACUUCUAUUGACACUUUUACCAUGAGAGUCGAGGCUUGUGAUAGCGGGAAGGGGGAGACCUCUAAGGUUACAGCUUUUGAAACCAAGGUAGCAGACUUGAGGAAGGACGUAGACUAUCUGAAGUCUACCGACUUCACUUCAUUACUUGAGGCUGCAGAUGAUUUGGUGUCUCCUGAGACUUCAGAGAUUCCUCUGACUACCACCGGAGAUGUACAGAGGGAUGAGGCAGCAGUUGAUGAGUCGGAUGCUAAGACCGACGAGGACAAGAUAGAGAGACAGGAGGAGAGCAUAUAUGAAGACUUGUAG